AGCAACUUUAAAAUUUUAAUGUCAUACCGAAGUUUCAUUCUGUUAGACGUAUUUUUUCUUUGAUCAAAGAAAAACUGAAAAUUUUUUUAUUCUAUUCUUAAAAAUUAAAAGAUGAAAUUAAUAUUUCUUCUUCUAACCAUUGCAUCAUAUUGGAUAAAAUCUGAAACAAAACAAAUAAUUUCCAUUAAUCAAAAUGAACCAGACGAUAUUGUCAAAAUAUUACCGGAUGAUGAAAAAAUAAAUGAAAUUUGUGAGGAAAAUUAUUAUUGGACACUCGAUAUGUCUAAAAUGGGAAUAAAAAAUUUAGCAGCAAAUAAUUUUAAUAAUCCACAAAAUAUACGUUGUCUCAAUCUUGAGGGUAAUGAAAUUCGUAAUUUACCCAGUGAUUUAUUUGAUGUACAACAUUUGUCAAAUUUAUCAUAUUUAAAUUUAACAAAUAAUAAUCUUGAUAUUAAUAAUUUGAAAUUUCUAAAUGGUCAUAAAAAUUUAAAAACAUUAAUAUUAGAUGGAAAUAGUAAAAGAAUAUUAAGAUUUAUACCAUCGAUUUUAUUGCCAAAUUUAGAAAAUCUUUAUCUUAGAAAUAAUCAUUUGUGUAACAAAAUUUCUUAUAAUGAUCUUUUAAAAAAUUUUCCACGUCUUAAAAAAUUAUUUCUCACCAACAAUAAUGAUGUUUAUAUUGAUGAUUAUAAUCGAAAUAUUAAUUCUAAUUUAACACAUAUUUUUAUUGAAAAAAAUCGUGUUUCUAAUUUUCAAUAUUUAUUAAAUAUUCCAUCACUUACGCAUUUAUAUUUUGAUGACAAUACGAGAAAUUCAUUUUGUCUCCCUUCUAGUAAUAUUAAAGUAUUGUCAUUGAAAAAUUGUAAAUUAACAAAAUUAAAUUUAUGCUACACUGUUUCGUCGUUGAAUAAUAAUAAUUUAACAACACUUGAUUUAUCACAAAAUCAAAUGACAACAUUGUCUGUGGAACAAAGUAAUAUUUUUUCUUUUUUACAAAAUUUAUCACUUAGUUAUAAUUUCAUUACUGAAAUACCGAGAAAUAUUCAUAAUUUACAAUUGAAAAUUUUAUCACUAAGUUACAAUAAUAUAACAGAAAUUAAGGAACGUGCUUUUGAGAAUAGUACAAAUUUACAAAUUUUGUCACUAAGGGGCAAUAAAAUAUCACAUCUCGAUGUAAAUUCUCUAGCAGGAUUGGGGAAUUUAGAAAUAUUAGAUUUAGCAAAAAAUCAUUUUACCAAUCUACCAUUUAAUUGGGCGGAUAAAUUUUUUAAUCUCCACUAUUUGAAUGUUAAUUUUAAUAAUUUUUCAUCAUUCACUCAACUUUCGUUGCAAAAUAAUAUUGGAUUAAAAAAUUUACAUUUGAGAAAUAAUAAUAUCAGUGAAAUAAUAAUGGAGUCAUUGAUUAAUUUACCAUCGCAUUUGAUAAUUCAUGUUUCACCGAUUUGUUUGAAAAAAUUUUAAAGGAAAUUUAAUUUAAUUUUAAUGUAAAUAAAUGUAAUCUGAAGAAUGGAAGCUUAGAAGCAAAAAAAUUAUAGGUUAUGUUUUGAAAUUUUAAAGUGAAAAUACACAGAGAGAUUUAACUCGUAGUAAAAAAUAAUUAUAUUUAUAAGUCUUUAUUAUUUCUAAAAUAUUCAAUAAAAACUGAUUACA